AUGGUUUCGGAAAUCCAAGAUCCAAAUCCCACUGAGCGGAACUCCGAUAGUAUCAGUGGGCGUCUUUGUUCCUUGGGCGGCAUUGCGGUCAAGAAAUAUAUCGAUGAGAGCUCUGAUAUUGAAUCUUUCAAAGGGUCAAACCCUCAUGCAUCUUGUAUAUCCAGUAUCAGAGUAUAUCACGGUGGUGUUAUUGCCCUUGUCAGCUGGUGGGGAUAA